GUUUACUUAAUUCCUUUUAAGAUCAUUAUCAUACCAAACUAACAAAAUGGGUGCUUACAAAUAUUUAGAAGAAUUACAAAGAAAGAAACAAUCCGACGUUGUCCGUUUCUUAUUACGUGUCAGAUGUUGGGAAUACAGACAAAAGAAUGUCAUCCACAGAGCUUCUAGACCAUCUAGACCAGAUAAGGCUAGAAGAUUAGGUUACAAGGCCAAGCAAGGUUUUGUUAUCUACAGAGUUAGAGUUAGAAGAGGUGGUAGAAAGAGACCAGUUCCAAAGGGUGCUACUUACGGUAAGCCAACCAACCAAGGUGUAAACCACUUAAAAUACCAAAGAUCUUUAAGAUCUACUGCUGAAGAAAGAGUUGGUAGAAGAGCUGCUAACUUGAGAGUCUUAAACUCUUACUGGAUUAACCAAGAUUCUACUUACAAAUACUUUGAAGUUAUCUUAGUUGACCCAUCUCACAAGGCUAUUAGAAGAGAUGCUAGAUACAACUGGAUCGCUAACCCAGUCCACAAGAGAAGAGAAGCUAGAGGUCUUACCUCUGCUGGUAAGAAAUCCAGAGGUAUCAACAAGGGUCACUUAUUCAACAACACCAAGGCUGGUCGUCGUCACACCUGGAAGAGACAAAACACCUUAUCCUUAUGGAGAUACAGAUCUUAAAUGUGAUUAUAGUAUUAUUUUUAAAUUAUUAUUAUGCAUAUUUAAGUAUUUAUUCCCCACGAUUGGUAGGAAGUGUGUUUUCUUUUUUGUCAUUCCAUUAAUGAUGAAUAUUGAUAGUAAAUUAUCUGUAUAGUUGUUAGUAGUGACGUUUUUUGUA